AAUAGAGCAGAGUGAAGGUGGUUGGGGCAAUUGGCAUGCACAGUUCACAGUUGGAGCGCGCCCACUCCAUGAGCAUCACCCCCUCCCCUAGAUAGAAAGCCGCUGCCCCCCGUCCGGACGACGAGCCUGCAGGUUGAUGGUCGGCCGGACAUGGACGCGCUCCUCCUCCUCUUCCUGCUCAAAAUGGAGGCUUUCCACAUACAGUUCUUCCCGAGCCCCUGAAUCUCGAUCGUAGCCGAGAGCGCACACGCUAGCUAGGUUGGUAGAUUGCUGCUGGUGGAUAGGUACGUGCGUUUUGUAGGCAUUAGGCGGCAGGCUGGUGCUGUGUUGUUGUCGUGGUACAGAUCACGUGGUGGUGGUGGAUGGGCCUCAUGGCCGGGAUGCUCCCUGGCGUCGAGUUUGCCAGGAGGAGGAGGCUCCGGCCGGCGGCGGAGGCCCCGUGCGCCGGCGCGCGGCGGCCGGCGUCGCUCGGCAUGUUCGGGCACGACCACGCCCACCUCGGCUCGUCAGGUUUUGCGAUGCAGAGGAGCGGCGUGGGCGAGGAGGCGUGGACGACGCAGCUGGACGGCAUCGCCCGGGAGGCCAAGGAGAGGCUGGAUCACAAGCUCAGGAGCCAGAGAGAAUCUGUGGUCAAGAGGCGCCACAGCACGGGAAGCCUCCGGCUCCCGGCCCCGUCGAGCACCACCAGCGACCACCCGGCCAAGGACACGGCAGGGGCGGCGAGCGCCCUGCAGCGAGAGGUGUUCACGAAGAGAGGCGGCGGCCGGCGGUUCAGCUGGGGCCGGAGGAAGGAGCAGCAUCAGCAGCAGGCGGAGUGCGCGGUGUGCCUGGAGGAGUUCCGGGCCGGGGACGUGCUGGCGCACCUCCCCUGCGCGCACCGCUUCCACUGGGCCUGCGCCGUGCCCUGGGUCCAGGCCGCCUCCCGCUGCCCCUUCUGCCGCGCCGCCGUCCGCCUCGCCGACCACCAGCAUGUCUAGCGCACAUUGGUUCCUUCUCGGCCGGAGCCGGACAAGGCCAUGGCGCAUCGGUGGAGCCGCGUGGCACAGUAGCAGACACCUGCGCGUGCAUGGGAUGCCUUGUGUCCUGGCCGCGCCCCGCCGGCAAGUUGCAGUGCGUGGGGCAGCGGCGCACUGCUGCUGCUGCGGGUCGCCGGUGUCGCCUGCGAACCAAGCGUGUGGUGGUGCGCGGGGAGACGUGUCCGGCCGUGCCACCGACGCCGGGAGCUGCUCGCCCGGUGACCGCACCUAGCCGUCGAUUAUUUUGUUGCUGCUUUUUUUUUAGGAUCUUGUUGCUGCUUUCUUUGUGAGCGUUGGAUUAACAAUUUACCAUCAAGUUGCGCUUUGCUGUGUGCUGUUAUCUGCUUCAUCAUUUCCGAAAUAUAAGACGCGCUUCACUUUA